AAGUGCGGCCAUAUCGAAGCCGCGGAAAACGAAACGGUUCCGCCAUCGCGGCGACUACUCUCGACAAAGCGGCACUCGUAUUCCCGUUCUUCGAUUCGAUAUGAUACGAUACGUUGAAACGAGCGAUUCAAGCGACGCGUUAAUUAUCACGGCCACGAUGAAGGACGAUUAGCGCGUGCGAGGGGCGCGUCAGUGAUGCCCGGUCUAGAGGAGAGUAUUUCGCACGACACGAGUCCACCAUUCACGCGCGCCCUAAUGUCCGAUGGGGAUCAUGCGGUGCCCGAGCAAGUGAAAAGAUUUGUCUUCAGAUCACGGAAGACGCAAGAUUGCGCGAAAGCGGACGAGCGCGAGGAGAGGCUGGAGAUUCUCAUUCCCGAGUUGCUGCAGGCUAAUUACAGCUUUUAUACCUGGCCCUGCGCACCUGUGCUCGCCUGGUAUCUCUGGGAGCACAGAGAAAAUUUGGUUGGCAAACGAGUUUUGGAGAUUGGUGCCGGUACUUCGCUGCCUGGGAUUCUCGCCAGCAAGUGCGGUGCAAUUGUGACUUUGAGUGACUCGGCAAGUCAACCAAGGACUUUGCAGCAUAUCAGGAGAUGUUGCGAGUUGAAUGGAGUCUUGGAUCAGGUUCAAAUAGUCGGCAUCACCUGGGGCUUCUUUCUGUCUAGCCUGUUCUCGCUCGGGCAAUUGGACUUGAUCAUCGGAUCAGACUGUUUUUAUGAGCCUAAUGUAUUUGAAGAUAUAGUGGUUGUCGUGGCUUUUCUGUUGGAAAAGAAUCCCUGCGCGAGAUUCCUCUGCACUUACCAGGAGCGCAGUGCUGAUUGGUCGAUAGAGCACUUGCUGAACAAGUGGGGACUGUCGUGUAUGCACAUAGCACUGGAUAGUCUCAGCACGAAUUCCAACAUUAAUUUGCACGAGUUGAUGCAAGAUCAUACGAUACACUUGCUAGAUAUUCAACGUGCGGUAUAAGGAUUCCAUCCUGUUUUACCAUG